UUUAUUCUCUUCCCGAGAGAGGACUGCUAAGAAGAGGUCAAAGGGAAAUUAGGUGAAAGAGAGAAACCUUAGUUCUGUGAGAAGACAAGAGUAGGAAAGGGGAAACCCCGUGAAGAAAGAGACGGAUAUUGGUACAGUGAGAAAAAAGUUGAUUAUUUUUAAGGAGUCAUUUUGGUGGCCAUGGAUACAACUUGCUUUUCUGAGAGCAUUUAUAACCUCAUACCCAUUGACUGGAAGGAGCCUCCCCAGCCUCCUAGGUAUGUGGGUACAUAUCCAUUUUUAAGACUUCUGUAAAAGAUAACAUGCAAAAAUGUAAAACUGCAAUGAAGACUAUGGGACCACCAAAAGUUGAAGUACCUUCUCCAAAGGAUUUCCUGAAGAAACACUCAAAGGAAAAAACUCUACCACCCAAAAAAAGAUUUGAUCGGAAUGAGCCCAAAAAGCCUCCUGUGCCACUGAGGACUGAUCAUCCAGUCAUGGGACUACAGAGUGAAAAAAAUUUUAUAAAUACAAAUGCAGCCGAUGUCAUUAUGGGAGUGGCUAAAAAGCCUAAGCCAAUUUAUGUUGACAAAAGAACUGGAGACAAGCAUGAUCUUGAAACUUCAGGACUAGUUCCAAAAUACAUCAAUAAAAAGGAUUAUGGCGUCACACCAGAAUAUAUAUGUAAGCGAAAUGAGGAAGUAAAGAAAGCCCAAGAAGAAUAUGAUAAUUAUAUCCAGGAAAACCUUAGGAAAGCAGCUAUGAAAAGGCUCUCCGAUGAAGAAAGGGAGGCGGUUCUGCAGGGGCUGAAGAAGAACUGGGAAGAGGUGCAUAAGGAGUUUCAGUCCCUCUCGGUGUUCAUCGACUCCAUCCCAAAGAAGAUCCGCAAGCAGAAGCUGGAAGAAGAGAUGAAGCAACUGGAACAUGACAUCAGCAUCAUCGAAAAGCACAAAAUUAUUUAUAUUGCGAAUAAGUAAUAAUGGAUUUUUAAAAAAUAUAGUCAUUUUAACAUAGGGAAGAAAAUGAAACUUUGCUUUUCAAAGAGGAGAACACUAUGAAGAGAAUUAAAAUAGUUUUUACCAAAAUGCGGAGGCAAUGAUUAAAGAGUAAUCGAAUUAUUCUACUCAUGUGAGAGAAAAUUUUGUUUUUACCAGCAUUAGGAUUUCCACGUAUAAGCAGAAGUUUGAUGUGGCGUGUUCCAAUCUGUAGUGUGAUCCAUUAUUUUUAUGUACUUCUUUCACAGAAAUAUUAAUUUCUGGGCGCUGAAGAAUAAAGUCAGCACUCAGAACUUCAGAUUUUUUCUAUACUGCAUGAUACAAAGAGCACAACAUUAAAAACUGUGAAGAAUUUUGAAUUGGACAUAGUGGCAUAUGCUUUCUCCCUACUCCAGUGCUUUCUAAACAUUGCUUAAGAUUCCCACACAUUCAACAGCAUGCAAUCUCUGAUAACCUCUGUCAUUUGCAACUCUUCCCAACUGCAAAUACCAUCAGUGUCCAUAAUGCUAGCUAUGCCGAAGAGCUUAUAUUGGGAGGAAGUAAAAUGAAGAAGGUAACAUAAAGUCAAGAAGACAACUUAGAAAAGGCAUCACUGAGCAUAAUCAAAGAGAACAGCCUUCUUCUGGGUAUACCAACUUUUAAAAACUUUCCUACUCAAAGUGCUUCAUUCCAUAAUUCACUAUAGGUUUUUCACUAAAAUGGGAUGUUCCUUUUUCUUUUUUUGUUCCUAUGUAUCUAUUUGGUGAAUUCUAAAGUUUCCAUUUGUAUGAUUAAUUUAUUAAGCAAUAAGUUCAUGCGAGUAGAGCUGUCUUCAACUCAAAAUAAGUGUAUAAGGAGAGUCUAAAAGGAAAAGAUUCUUGUAUGAAAUUUUAAAUUAGAGAAAUUCAGUAGAACAUGAAAUACAAAAUAUCAGAGCAAUAACAAUGUCUGCUGCUUACACUGAUUUUUAUCUUAUGGACGAAAGAAAAAAAUGACAUAUUUUUUAGCUUUUUCACAAACAAUUUGAGAGCAUUGUAGAAAAUCUUACUUUGAUUAAAUAAAAAUGGUUAUAUACAAA